ACCCGGCAGCUUUCCGUCUGUCUCAUGGAUCUAUUCAUGUUUCACCUCGGAGACUUUGUGCUCGGCUUCAGUUUCGCACUCUGGACUUUCACUGUACUCUUGGGUAUGGUGGUCCGGACGGCCGGUGAAGGUCGGCCUCAGGUGAUUGGUUCAUUGCAGCCAAUCGUGGCCACUCUGGGUGAUGACGCCAUCCUGCCGUGUCACGUGGAGCCUCUACUCAAUGUGGAGGAGCUGACGGUGCAGUGGUGGAGGCCUGACGUACCGCCUGACCCCACAGAUCCACUGAGCAACUACAAGUACGUCCACAGUUACCACAACAGCCAUGAUGAAGAGGACAUGAAGAUGCCAUUGUACGCUGGGAGGACGGCGCUGCUCAAAGACGAGCUGAAACACGGCAACGUAUCUCUUCAAAUCCGGAACGUGAAACUCUCGGAUGAAGGAAGAUACAGGUGUCAGAUCCCACAGCUGGGGAGCGCUUCAGUUAUUAAGCUUGUUGUUGAAGUAAUCUCUGUGGAAACGACGCCGCAUCACCCUGGAAAUCCCCAAACUCCAGAUCCAAAAAACGAGACGCAUUUUGAAAGUGGUCUGAGCAAUCAGGGUUUGUGGAUCUUUAUGGGGGUCGCCUGCGUCGUACCGACCCUGGGAGUUGGAGUCGUUGGAUAUUUAUUGAAACACAGGCGUGAAAAACAAAAUCAUUCAGCGUUUGACGUCGCCCCAGCCUGACCACCUCCAGCCUAGGUGCCUUGCUCAAAAGCAAGUUGGUGAUUGAUGUUAAUGGAGAUGGGAGCGUCAUACGGCUCCACAUCUGUCUCAUGAGUUUGGGGAUUCAGACCAGCAGCAGUGAUGGAUACAGAAUACCAUCGGGGAGAAUUUGCAAAGACUGACUCUUUAACGCCUGCUGAUGACUGUAUGACUCAUAUUUUGUGUCAUAUGAGUUGCUGCAUCAAACACUGGAGGAAUCAUGCAGAUUUAACCAGAGGACAGCUGAAAGGGUUCAAUCAUAGAGCUGGAUUCUUCAAGGUGAUCUUGAGUUUCUUCAUCCCUGCACUUUUUCUUUUCUUGGAGCCAUGAUAUUCCAAGUAUGGGCAGAGCAGAGUUUGGAGUGCAGCCCACAACAGCUCAUGUUGCCUUUUUAUCAGGAUUGGGUGGAAGCCAAAGGCUGUCAUGCAGACUGCAGGUUUGGCUGUGGCGCAACACACCUUUGAGCAUGACACUUUGGGCCUGUGGCCACCAGACUAAUGCUGCACAAACACUACCGCACUUUCUAGAUUGAUCUUAUUGCUGCUGAUGUCACUGAAGUUGUGUCUUCGUCACAGGUGUAAAAAUGUUGAACAAAUAGAACUUGUUGAAAGGGCUCGGCAGGAGGCAUUACGUCUUUGAGUUGUCCAUCCAUCUGUUUUGUUUUCUUCAAAUUUGGCACAAACAACUUGCCAACUUGCGGACAAAGUCUGCUUGUUUCCUUUAUUUACACUGUGCUUCAGUGAUCUUAAGAGGGAACUAGAUUUGUAAAAUUAAAUGAAAUUUAAGCACUGAAGUGGUCAUAAGCAACUGCAUCAUCGUUGGUUCAGGAAAAUGUGUUUUCAAUGUUUUUCUUUUUUUCCCACUGCAAUUAAUUUUUUUUUUAGAUGUUUGUUAUAAAAUAAUGUGACGAACGACUCAUGUCAAGUCAUGUCAAGAUGCUAUAAUGCAUAAACAACAACAAAAAAAAACAUAAAAGACUUUUUGCCAAUUCUUUUUUAAUGAUCUGACAAGUGUUAUUUUUCAUCUGUUAACUGCAUGGCAACACGACAAAAGCACAAAUAAGCAGAGGACCUGCCAUUAUUA